UUUUGGUGGAGUCCACAGUUCUAGUGUUCUUCGAAAUGGCAAAUUCAAAUUUUUGGGAGUCUUUUAUGGACGUUUUUCAGUAGAAUCAACGCAGGAAUCUGUUGCUCAAUGAACAUAAAAGAAGUUGAGCACAAAACAAAUCGAUACAAAAUUUCCGGGCGGUCGGGAAAAUGUCGUAUUCUUGGAUUUCCCUAUUUUGACGAGCGCCUGAUUUCACCAUGAUGCCUAUUAAUUACGUUUUCUGAUAUUAUAAAAAGUAGUAGGGUGAAACAUGGGGCUUGAGGACAGCGCCAUUGCGUGAAUAUGUCAGGGUUGUAGAAACCUCUAUGCGAUGCAGUAAUCCGCAAAAAACAACAACAAACAAACAGAAAAACACACACAAAAAACCAACAAAACAAAACAAAAACAACAACAACAACAAGAAAAAAGUGUCAAUGAAUGCAAAAUGAAACACCUCUUAUUGUUUGACAGCGAAGUUGCCACGCUUAAAUCAAUCAAUCAAUUAAUCAAUCAAUCACUACAUGUAGUUUUGUCUUUGCACGUCAGCAGCUCCACUCUAACACCUUGAAAUAUUAAUUUCUCUAGUUAAGUGCAAUAUGUGCACUUUUUCCUCUCUCUGUUUCCCCAGCAUCCUGUACGCUGACAUUGUGGGCUUCACCGCCAUCUCGUCCAGUGUCACAGCCGCGGACCUUGUCCGGAUUCUCAACCAGCUGUUUGCUAGUUUUGAUGUCCUUGCUAAGCCUCACAGAAGUCUGAACACAUCCAAGGGUGUCAUCAAAAGCCGAGAGCUCUGCGGCUGUACGGAAGAAGAGAUGGUUCAGGAGGUCGAUGGAAUUGUCCAUGCUCGUCGUAUCAAAAUACGGCGGGGUGGCAAGGAAAUCUAUACCAACACGUGGAUCCUUACCUUCAACACACCCACACCACCAACAAAAUUAGACAUUGCUUACUUAGAACUCGAAGUUAGACCAUAUAUACCGAAACCGAAGCGCUGUUUCAACUGUCAGUCCUUCGGGGACACACAGCUGCGCUGUCGUCGUGGCGCAGCGUGUCCUCGCUGCGGCAAGGAAGGACACUCUGGGGAGACCUGCUCUGUAGAUCCCUGGUGUCCAAAUUGUCGUCAGGGGGGUCACACUGCAUCUUCGACGGAGUGUCCGACGUUGUGUCAGGAGAAAACCAUCCUAACACAUAGGGCCCAGUACGGCGGAACCCGUGUGCACAUCUCGGAGGCCACCAAGGGCUUCUUGAACGGCGAGUUUGAGCUGGAGGACGGCCAGGGCGGGGAGAGAGAGGAGGAUCUCAAACUGAAGAACAUCCAAACCUACCUAGUCAAACGGAUACUCAAGCCGAACGGGAAAUCCCGGAACAGGAGCGUAGAGACGAACGAGCACCGACCGGAACCACGCCCACCGGUUGUAGGGGCGUCGGCUAAUGGCGUAGGGGGCGCGGCGGAGGAACACGAUGAAAAUGAAAGCAGUGGGGAUGAAGAGGAGGAAACCACUCAGACUGUGGAGGAGCAAAAGAAAGAGUUCAGCGCCAGACUGAAGAGGGAGCUCUUCGAAAAAGAAAAAGGAAGUGAACUCCUGAAAAAAUUCCGGAAAGUCACCCUGAAGUUCAAGGACGCAGCCUUGGAGCAGAGGUACCUUCAAAGGAUAGAGAGUUACAGCGGUCUCCCUAUGGUCGCUCUGUGUAUAGCUCUCAUUUUCGACUUCAUAGCCAAGCUCUCUGUGCUGCCCAGGACUCCACUUCUGCUCAGCAUGUACCUUGUGGGCGCCGCCAUCUUGGCAGUGAUGAGCGCUGUGUCUAUGGCCGCCACUUUUGUCAACGUGAGUGGCUGUGUGCCAUCUACUGAGAAUUUAAAUGUGUUUGCUGUUUUGUUGUCUAUUUUUUUGGAAAUGCGCUAUAUAAAUGUUAUAUAUUAUUAUAUUAUUACUACAACUAAAAAAACCCCCCAAUUCUUAUCUGUUUCCCCUUUCUGCUCUGUUCAGAUGGAGCUGGUGACGCGCAAACUUUACCUAUGGAAAGAAGCCUCAAAGAGAGACAAGGAGAGGGCCGCGGACCUGCAGAGGAAGAACGAGGCUCUCAUUUAUAACUUACUACCUCCCCAUGUGGCUGCAGAUUUCUUAGGAAGGAGGAAGAAGGAUAAGGUAGGGAUGAAAAAUGAAAAAUGUUCGUUACUUUCUUUUGUGAAGAAAGUUAGUAUAAUCUUUUGUGAAGAAAAAAAAAAAACUAUUAUGAUUUGUGUUGCCGGCGCCGUAUACAAAACUGUUGCUACAACUAAAAUACAUUUUCCCACUUGUUCCCACCUCUUCCCCACUCGCAGAUUUCUGAACGAGAUCAUCUCGGACUACGACGAGCUGCUAAACCAGAGCAGAUUCUCCAGCAUUGUCAAAAUCAAGACUGUUGGAGCAACUUACAUGGCGGCUAGUGGCAUGGUGACCGAGGGUGGACCUAAGAUUGGCAGCACUCAGCAACGAUGGUCCCAUCUUCAUGACCUAGUUCAGUUCGCUCUGGCAUUGCAGGACGUCAUUGCUAAAAUAAACGAGCAGUCCUUUAAUACCUUCAUACUGCGGAUAGGCAUCAACCACGGGCCCAUCAUCGCUGGCGUGAUCGGAGCUCGGAAACCUCACUACGACAUCUGGGGCAACACGGUCAACGUUUCCAGUCGCAUGGAAUCCACUGGUCAGCCGGGAAGAAUACAGGUUGUGGAAGAAACGAUGAAAAUUCUGGUGGAAUUUGGAUACACGUUUGAAAAGAGAGGGCUGAUUAAAGUCAAAGGCAAAGGAGAACUAAUGACCUACUUUUUGGAGAGGAAGCCAGACUCGAGUGAGGCCUUCAUGCCUAAUCAAGUACCACACAGCUGAUGGGACUAGGAGGUCUGGUUGAACCAAAAGAUAAUGAUCUAUCACACCUCGAUAAGACUGGAACUUCGUACAAAAACUGGGUUGAAGCAAGCGUUUCUUUCCAAUUCUGUCUUUUUUACAUGGUCCGCAAAUGUCCAUGAAAUAACUUGUUAUGGAGUAAGAAUGAUCUAGAACGAGUUGUAGUUGCUCUAUGCUCUGCAGUCAACAGUAAGUUGGCUGUGCUUCUCUCAAGUGCAUUUGGUCGCUUUUAAGCAUUAGGUGGGCUAUCCCCCCCCCCCCAAAAAAAAAUACUGUUUUUUGAGAAAA